AUUUGUUCUGCUGUCAUUUAGGUUAUGGAAAUAUGUUUUAAAUUGUCAAAAGUUUUACAAAUACAAAUUUACUAUUUCAUGUCGGAUGCCUGGGAAGAAAUUCAAGCCAUUAAGAGCAAAAGACAUAGCUUGCGGGAACGUCUUGAAAAAAGAAAGAAAGAACGGCAAGAUAUACUUGGAUCUAGCUUAGGUGCUGCGUCUCCAGUAAAUAUUUCUGAAAGUUUAACAAAUAGCUAUAUUUUAAGUACUUCAAGUAAUGUUAAAGAGGAGCAAAAAGUAAAAUUAAAUGUGAAAGAUCUGGAGGAUUUGGUCAGAGUAGACCCAGAGCUUGAGAGAGGUUUACUAAAAGAAUUAAGUGAAGUGACACUUCAGUUACCUGUGUCUUCUUCAGAACUUUUAACAUCUCUCAAGUUGACUUCUGAUCGAGAUACAGCACAUAAAAAGAUUUGUAAUCUAUUGGAAAAAUUCGCAAUACAAAAAUUAAUAACUGUAAAAAAUUCUUCGAAAGAUGGAAUUAAUAUGCUGGAAGUAUCACAUGUCGAGGUUUCUAAAGUUAAUGCUAUGAUUCUUGAGUUUACAAUCAGUAGUUCGGAAAUAUCAAAAGAUAUAUUAAAAAGAAAACGGGAUGAAGAAUCACCUGCCAAGAAUAAUGAAAAUGAAGAAGAAAGGAAAAAGAAAGAAAAGAAGGAGCCAAAGGCAGACAUAAUGUCACUUUUGUCAAUGCCCUCAACGAAAGAAAAAGAAAGCAAAAAAUUGGGCGAAGAAAUAUUAGAAUUAUUAAGUAAACCAACGGCCAAGGAAAGGUCACUUACAGAGAGGUUCAAGUCCCAGGGCGGUAAACAACUUAUGGAAUUCUGUCCACAUGGCACCAAAAUAGAUUGCGAACGAAAUGGAAUUGUAGACUGUAAAAAAUUGCACUUUAAAAAAAUUCUGCAAAAACACACUGACGAGUCACUGGGCGAUUGUUCUUUUUUGAAUACUUGCUUUCACAUGGACACCUGUAAAUACGUGCAUUAUGAAGUUGACCGAUGCGGAAAGUCAGAAGAUAAGCCCACAAUUCCAAGCGGGCCUGUAGUUAGAGUGGAAAGUACGACAUUGUAUCCCCCGCAAUGGGUGCAGUGUGAUUUGCGUUACCUGGAUAUGACAGUAUUAGGUAAAUUCGCUGUUAUUAUGGCCGACCCUCCAUGGGAUAUCCACAUGGAGCUGCCUUACGGAACAAUGUCAGACGACGAAAUGAGACAGCUAGGUAUCCCUCAACUCCAAGACGACGGUUUAAUUUUCCUGUGGGUGACAGGUCGAGCCAUGGAGCUCGGAAGAGAGUGCUUAAAGCUGUGGGGUUACGAAAGAGUCGACGAGAUCAUUUGGGUGAAAACCAAUCAACUGCAAAGGAUCAUACGGACUGGACGGACGGGUCAUUGGUUGAACCACGGCAAGGAGCAUUGCUUAGUCGGAAUGAAGGGGAAUCCCCAGAAUUUAAACAGGGGAUUAGAUUCUGACGUCAUAGUAGCAGAAGUAAGGGCUACUAGCCACAAGCCGGACGAGAUAUACGGAAUGAUAGAGCGAUUGUCUCCGGGGACGAGGAAGAUCGAAUUGUUCGGCCGUCCUCAUAACAUCCAACCUAAUUGGAUAACGUUGGGCAACCAGGUCGAUGGGAUUAGGCUCGUCGAUCCCCUGCUUAUAGAGAACUUUAAGAAGAGGUACCCUACUGGUAAUUGCAUGGCUCCUCCACCUGAAGGUACGCAUUCAUAGGAGUAAAACGGUAUGGAAAUUAAUGUAAAUACUAGUCAAAUGUAAGUUUAGAAAACUGUUAUAUUAAGGUCUUAAGUAAAUAAGUGAAAAUUGAUUGCAGUUGUAGAGUGGCCAUUCCAUUUUAAAAUCGUUUACCUGAGGCAAGUUAAAUAUUCACUUUUAAU